AUGAACCACACCUUCGCACCUGCUGCAUCUCUGGAGAUGCAGCCACACAGGGCUCCAGGCCCCAGGACAUCUUUCUCUCGAAGCCACAUGCUGGGGCACCACACUCACCCAAAGCUUGCUGCAGAUGUGUCCCCCCUCAUCCCUGUCAUUAAGAAGACUGUGCAUUUGGAUGCCUUCCCCCAAAGCAAUGUCCUAGAGAAAUCCAGCCAACCAAGCAUUAGAUCCAGGGCCUGUAGUAUGUCCCAACAGGGCACUGCCACGGGGUCCCUGAAUUCCAUGCCUCCCAAUAGCUUUAUGCCCAGGAAACUCAGCUCUAUUUCCUUAACAAUACACCAGAAUGUCCAAGCACGGCCCUUAGACGCCUCACUUUCUCGUUGGGAAGAAUUGCCCAGUUUGCACAAGGAGGCUGUCACCCACAGAGAAGGGAGGCUGUCUGCUUCAAGUUUGCCGCUCAUGGCUCAAGGGCCACAGGUCAGGACCUCCUCUGAAGGCCAUGGGAACCCAGAACUUAGCCAAGCCAGCAGAACACCCACAGGGAAUAAGCCUCUGGUGUCUUCAUGCCUGACCUUACCUUUCCAAGCUCAGUUCAUUCAGAGUUCGUCAAGCCUCCCAGGGCCAGGUCCCAUGGGACAAGUCCCUCCCAGAACCUCUCCAGGAAGAGGCAAGUGCAGGCCCAGGGGUAUUCCCAGAUCCCGAGCAUACCUCCAAAGGGCUACCUCUGCUGCAAAUUUGUCUGCUGUGAGCACAAAACUAGAUAAAACCAGACAGAUAGGCACAGUGGCUAUCCACAGACCAGAGUUAGCUAUCAAUAUGCCCACACCAAACCCAUCCAGACUGGUCAGAAGCGCAGAGCUCACUAUUCUGGAUGCUAAGAUGGACCUGGCCACCAACUUACCUGCAGUACCCAAGUCAGGAAAAGUGACAGACCCGAUGGCAGCAGGCACAGCCAGGAAUUUAGCUAGAGCCGUGACAACCAAGCCAGGCCAGGUUACGAAUUCGGUAACUGCAGCGUCAGACAAGCAGGAAAGCGUCAAGCUUUUGACCAUGGGGGGCUCAAACAUGGCUUUGCCAACAUCGGAUGAGGCCAAGCAGAGCAUAACCAGGUUGGACACAGUCAAAGCUUUGGCCGCAGCCACCACAGGCAAACCGGACACAACUACAGAUUCUCCUGCAUUGGAGACAAACAGACUAGGUACAGCCAUGGAUGCAGUUGGGCUGGUCUGCCCAGACCCAGCCAGGAGUGAGAUCAAGCCACACACUGUCAACCAUGUGACUGUCCGAGGCACUGUCACCCAUGCUACCUCUCCUCUAACGCCGAGCAGAAGCCCAGACCCAGCCCAGGACCAUGGCACUGUGGGUGCUUCCACAGACAGCCUCAAGGAACCCACCUCGCUGGACCUGGCCCGAGAACCCAAAGGGCUCCCAGAGGCUAGGACGGACGCAGCCAUGUCAGAGCUGGUACCCGAGCCCAGGCCUAAGCCGGCGGUGCCCAUGAAGCCAGUCAGCAUCAACUCCAACCUGCUAGGCUACAUUGGCAUCGACACCAUUAUCGAGCAGAUGCGUAAGAAGACCAUGAAGACUGGCUUUGACUUCAACAUCAUGGUUGUUGGCCAGAGUGGACUGGGCAAGUCAACGCUGGUCAACACCCUCUUCAAGUCCCAAGUGAGCCGAAAGGCCUCCAGCUGGAACCGGGAGGAGAAGAUUCCUAAGACAGUGGAGAUUAAAGCGAUUGGGCAUGUGAUAGAGGAAGGUGGUGUCAAAAUGAAGCUAACGGUCAUCGACACGCCAGGUUUUGGAGACCAGAUCAACAAUGAAAACUGCUGGGAGCCCAUUGAGAAAUACAUCAAUGAGCAGUAUGAAAAGUUCCUGAAAGAGGAGGUGAACAUCGCCAGGAAGAAACGCAUCCCUGACACCCGUGUCCACUGUUGCCUCUACUUCAUCUCCCCGACAGGACACUCCUUACGACCACUGGAUCUGGAGUUCAUGAAACAUCUCAGCAAAGUGGUGAACAUCAUUCCUGUCAUUGCCAAGGCUGACACCAUGACCCUGGAGGAGAAGUCGGAAUUCAAGCAGAGGGUUCGCAAAGAACUUGAAGUAAACGGCAUUGAGUUCUACCCUCAGAAGGAGUUUGAUGAGGAUUUGGAGGACAAGACAGAGAAUGACAAAAUCCGGCAGGAGAGCAUGCCCUUCGCCGUGGUGGGGAGUGACAAGGAGUACCAAGUGAAUGGCAAGAGGGUCCUCGGGAGGAAAACACCCUGGGGGAUCAUUGAAGUGGAGAACCUCAACCACUGUGAGUUUGCCCUGCUUCGAGACUUCGUCAUCAGGACUCAUCUCCAGGACCUCAAAGAAGUAACACACAACAUCCACUAUGAGACUUACAGGGCCAAGAGGCUCAAUGACAAUGGAGGCCUCCCUCCGAACAAAAAGCUGUGCACCUCACUCAAGAGGUCUGGGGAAGGUUUUAUUUUAAAAUGCUGGGAGCAGGUGAGCCACAGGCAACUCUUUCUGACUUCUGACCCACCCACAAACUGGGGCUGCAAGUAUGCUUCAUGGACGGGUGGCUGAGCUAGCCUGUGGUGGGCCGUGGGAGCUCAGAACAACUUUUCACUGUAAGUUGAGGUAAAAUCUGAAGGAAGGCUAGGGACUUCUUGGGAAAACAGAAGCUUCCUGGGGAGCAGAGAGGAAAGCUGAGGGGUUCCUGCAGAAUUGGUGUCUGGAGAUGGAGCUCCACCCUUGUGUCUAUGUUAGGGUCACUGUCAAACUGGAUCAUCACCACUGCAGACCACUGCUUUCUGUGCCCACCUUCCCCAUAUUUCCAGGCUGGUUGGUUGCUUCCUUGUCCUGAUUUCUCUUCUCCCUCCCCAGCGUCCUUUGCCUCCUUUCUUCAUAUAUAUUCAUACAUUCGCCCCUUUUCCUGCCUGUCUCUGACCUUUUAUCUCCUUUUAGAGUCAUCUAUGUUAGCUUCCUUUCUAUAUUUAGAAAUCACGUCCAGACUUCCUAAAUUGACUUUCUACUGCCCUAAGAUAGAAUCGCAGCGAGGGGCUGAAGAGAUGGCUCUGUGCUUCGGGGCACCUUCCGCUCUUGCAGAGAACCCAGGUUCAGUUCCAAUCUCCUUCUUGGUAGCUUACAGUUAUCUGUGACUCCAGUUCCAGAGGAUCUGACACCCUCUUUUAGCCACCAUGAGCAUGGUGUACAUACAUACAUACACAUAGACAAGCACUCACACGCAUAAGAUAAAAGUAAAAAAAACAAAAAAAAACUUAAAAGAAUAAGAACCUAAGGAAAAGCAUGGGGCAGGACAUGCUGAGAUUGCAAGAGCAUUCAGAGUUCUAGAGAAGACCAGGAAAGCCAGUUUCUGCAGCUGACCACUGAAAUUUGCUCUGACUUGGGAGUAGCCUGGGGAAAUGGGAGAACUUGGUAGCUUGGACUGCUCCUGGUGUUCUGUUCAAGGAAGCACAUCUAUUGGCCAAAGGAGGCAACCUUUAGGUGGAGGAAAUUACAUUCCCGAACUAAUUCUGAAGUAUCUGGAAAAAAUAUACAGAGUUUCUUAGGCGGCUGGAGUUGUGAAACAAACUUUAACACAGUUUCCCUUUCUCUAGCAGCCUUCUGUCUGCAUUAAGCUGGCUUCUCUGUGGUUUUGUUUUGUACAAACCCAACUCACUCAUUCUCUGGUCUCAUUUGUCUGUCUGUCUUUCUCAGCUUCUCCCCUCCCUGCAUUCCCUCACCGUCCAGUCCUAUAGAUGUUCCCAGGUACACCCACAGCCGUACAUUUAGCCUUCUCAGGAGCCCCGUGUUUAUCAAUGCAUACUUUACUGCUCCUUGCACAUUCAAGUUACUCUUUUUUUCCUGUAGUUUCUAAGGCUGCUUUAAGGAAAGCCAUUUAGCUGUAGGAAAGGGAAGACACCGCGUGAUUCUGCUUACAACCGAUCUAUCCACUAUCUCACCUCCUGGUCCAGCCUGGGUGUUGAACUGGUCCUCACUGAAUGCCAGCAUUUAUGACUUCAGCCCUUUAUUACCCAGUCACUAGAAACACACACACACAGACAAACAAACAAACAAACAAACAAAAAACCCAAAGAGAUAGAAGACCAAUAAUUCAGUGGACCAAGCGGAAGUGGCCCUAAUCCUAUGGUUUUAGAUCAUAGGAUUAUGAUCUAAUAAUAGAUCUGUCGGAGACUGCUCUAUCACUAGCCCUCAUCCCUCUUUUCCCAUAACAUCACUAAAGAGUGGCCAGCUGUUAGGCCAGAGUGGUAGCAACAUAGAGCUCGCUGACUGCUCCAGUGAAUGAGCUGCCCUGUAUGGUGACAUGGGAUUGGGCACCCAGGGCCAGCAAGGGAUAGGAUGGUGGGCGUUGGAGAGGCUAGGUAGGAGAAUGCUGCCCGUCUCCCCUAAGCCGUGGUCUCACUCUCCCUGGAGAAGCUGUUUUAUGUGUCUGCUGCCAGCUGUCGGUCUCCACACCCUCAACCGUUCUCAACUCCCCCUGCAGGGAGAAGGCCUCCUGGGCACUGUCCUUCCACCUGUGCCAGCCACCCCCUGCCCCACUGCUGAAUGAAGGCCAUUUCAAGUGCUGCUUCUCCCUCAUCCCUCCCAGCUGUUAUUGCUGCAGGGCCAUGCCCCUUUUAGUGCUCCGCUUGUCCAGCCCACCGUCAGGUGGGCGGGGCUAGCUGCGGCUUUAGGACAGUUGCUUCCUCUGUUUAGCCAAACUACUCCUCUCCUCCCAUUGGAAUGGAGUUCCCGCCAGCACCACCCUGCUCCAUCAUCUGUGUCAGCAGCACCCCAGCCCUUGUGUAGGGAGGAGGAACUCACGGAGAGCUGCUUCUACCCUAGCAAGCGCAUACCAGCGACUUGUAACUGUCUCCAAGGGAACCGGCAUUGCUCCCUAGCCAUUCAUCUGCAUGAGUACUUUCUUGGCUACCUUAAACGGUCAAGAAAGCAACUUCCCUGCUUGUCAGAGUCACUGAGGUCAGCCGUGUGAGCCCCCGUGUGGGACAAGGGUGUCUCCUUCAUUGCUUAAAGGUAUUUAUAAGGGUGAUUCAUUAUACAUGUUGGGGAGCCAGAGGCUAGCUGGCCCAGUGAGUAUGGGUGUAGACAACCUGUUUAGCCCAGAAUAUGGCCAUCUUGGAAGUGGUUUGCUGAAAAGAGGUUUGCUGGAGUUUACUUCCUUCUCCCCAAACUUUAAAAGAAAGGGAAUUUAACACACACGUGGACUACCCCACACCCACCAGCUAUACACUCUAGGAAGAAAAAUAGCGCCCUUUUGUACGUUUAGCAAUAAGAGGGAAUCUCUUCCCACCUCCCUGACUAUUCCCAUCCCCCACCCUGUUAAUGUGAGCAAUGCAUUAGCCUGACCACAGGUGGCCGCUAUAGGCUAAUGGAAAAUACCCAAUGGAGGGCAAAGCCCCCAUCAGAUGCAUGAAUGUUUGCGAACGAACGAACGGCUGCCACUGCCCCCCUACACUGUGUCUUUCUAGAACCCUCCCUCAGCCACCCCACCUGCCAUCUCCACCUGGACACAACUUGCUCAAAGGCUGGGUGACUUGUGGGCCAUUCAUCCACAAGUCCCGAAGAAACAAGAGGCCCAAGCCUCAGGGAUGCAAGAACGACCCAUUUUAAAAAUGUUAAUCCCAGCCGAUGUUUUGGUGAUGUUCCAAUUUAGUUUCCCAAUUGAAAACAAGCCAAACAGACACUCAGACUGGUCAUGUAAAUGUUGCUAGCCUAGCCUCUGUUGUACAACUAAACAUUACUGUUUG